AGCCGUCUGGGCUCAAGAAGCUGCCAGGACGGCAGGAACAACUUGGCUCAAGCAUGGUGGUCUCAGACCUGCUGCAGAGAGCCGGCGACUGUGAAUCCUUACACGAGCUGAAGGAAUCACUGGUGGGGGUAGACACCCAUGGUGCCACCAAGUCGCGAGAGGCCCUCAAAGAGAUCGAAGAGGGCGGAAAGCGUGUGUAUCUGAACACCGUCAAGCGACAGUUGCAGCCAUGGGUCAGAAAAGGGCGAUCGUUUCUGACAGUCAUCGCCUUGCUCUGGGUGGCUUUGUGGGUGGAACGGCAGCUCGCGCGAGAGGAGACCGCAGGGCUAGUGCCAGCAGAGUUGGUGAGGUCGACGGAGACAUUGCGGCAGCACGAGUUUCCUCUCACGAAACUUAUGAGCAGGGACAAACCCUACUCCAAUGGCAUCGUGGCGCGAACGUACAGGCGCCACGGGGCCGCCUUCUCAAUCAAAGGAUUCAUCCGGAUGUUCCAGAUACACAACGCUAUGAUUGAGCAUGACCCAGGGCCGAAAAGCUUACGCAAAACUGUCGAUGCGUAUCAGCAGGAGAAGCGGGGAGGAGGGCUCAUGUGCCUCGUGUUGUUCGUGGGCAGCGGGCGUUCGCUCAGCCUGGCAGAGCUCAUGGCCACGGGCGCUCUGGACGCAGCCAUGGCCUUGCCGUGGGCCCAGUCCACCGUCGAUAAACUCCGGUACAUCUUGCUCGACCAGGGCGGGGUGAAGUUUGCGGAGGGUUCCACCAGCGAGGUGAGACGCACCUCCGCGGCAGGCCACGUGAAUUAUGGGGCCCAUAGUGACUGGAUCCGUGUGUUGAUUGACAAAUUCCCAGAGCCGCACGGCGCGGGUCUGCUGAAGGACUUCAUGCGCACGUUCGACGCAAUCGCCAGCAUCUCCGGUCUGAACGCCUUCCGGGCGCUCCACAUCACGCUGUGGUUGUUCAUCGCGUAUAGGGCCAAGGUGGAGAUCCCGCGGUCGAGGCUUAUCGACAUCUGCGGGCCCAACGUGAAGAAGCUUCACGACAUGUGUGCUGCUGCCGGCGUUACCUUGGAAGGCCUGUAUGACGCCGUGGCCAAGCUCCUCCCGGACAUCGACCCCGCGUCCGUCGAGAUCUGGUCGUGCAAGGUUGUCAACUUCCUGUGCGUCCUGCAUUGCCACAAGCAGAGCAGCUUGGUGUGGCGCAACAACGUGAAGGGCCCGGAGCCGCGGCGCUUGGCCGGCAAGCGGAGUCUGGACUAGCCGAGCCGCAUCGCCGCGGCAGGCGGCCGCGCCACGCCGGUGACCGGGCCGCUAGUAGAGAA